UAGAAUUUCACUUUUCCUGCAGUUUCGGUUUACGAACAAUCACCGAAUGACAGAAAUAGACAAUGCCAGAUGAAUAAGCUGAAUGCCAAGAUGAAGAACAUAUAGGUAUGACAGAAUACACUUUUAUUAUUGUGAAUCUUAAAAGAGAAGUUGAGUUGUGAUAUAUAAAGGACAAAAUGGCUAAUAUAAGACUAAGACAAAUUUUGGUGGAAAUUUGCAGUGACCUUGGUAGUGAUGACCUUGAGAAAUUAAAAUUUCUGCUUAGAGAUGUGACUGGAUCGGCAAAAUUACAAAUGGCAACGAUGGCAAUAGACAUAUUUAGUGCCAUUGAAAAAAAUAAACAUGUUGCGUUACAUGAUGGUAGUUAUUUAGCAGAAUGUUUUUGUUUAAUUGGACGAAUAGACUUAGUGAGAAAGUUAGAGAUAGACCCCAGACGUGUAGAGGUUGGCAUGGAAACAGAUUCCAGGCUCUCACCUUUCAGAAUUUUACUCUACAAGAUUUUAGAAGAUUUAUCGGAUAAAGAAUUUGAACAGUUGAAAUUCCAUUCUAACAAGGCAUUGGGAAUUAAAAAAGGACAAAUGCAGAAAGUAAAACAUGUGUUUGACCUGUUUGUUCUAUUGGAAAAAUACUUAUUAAUAUCUCCAGCUAGUACAAAUGUACUUAAAGACAUGUUAAAAGCCCUAAAUCGAGGAGAUUUAUUGGAGCUUGUUGUUGAGUAUCAAGAUAAGUAUCCACAUUUGAUAGAUGGUGAAAAUAAUACUGACAGUAUAAAUAUAAAUGGUGCUACACAGACACUAGAAUCACCUGUUGUUGAUCAGUACCCAUCAUUACCCAGCAGGCCACAGAAUGGUGGACCACAGACUAUUGAACAAUCUCCAAUGCAUGUGUAUGAAAUGAAUGCCUUUCCGAGAGGCUUUUGUAUUAUUAUCAACAAUAAUAAUUUCUAUCCUCAGUCUGGCUUUGGAUGUCGAGUUGGAAGUGAUGAAGAUGCUAGAAUGCUUGAUGAAACUUUCAGUAAGCUUGGGUUCAUUGUGAGAAUACAUAAAGACUUACCAGCAAAAGAUAUGGCUGCAGUAAUGGUUGAUUUGUCUAGACUUGACCAUUCAAAGCAUAACGCUGUGGUUGUAUGUAUAUUGUCACAUGGUGGAGAACAUGUAGUUUAUGGAGUGGAUGGGGUACUCAUACCUAUCAGACAUCUUACAAUGUAUUUUAGAUCUUCAAAGUGCAGAAGCUUAGCAGAAAAACCAAAGCUGUUCUUCAUACAGGCAUGUCAAGGAAAUGUGAGGCAAACAGGAAUAAACCAAACUGAUUUAUCAAUACAGCCUGAUGGACCAUCAAAUCUAGAAGAAAGUGAAAGUAUUCCUGAGACAGAUGUUGUGACUGUACCGUCAAAUAACUCCAAAAUUAUACCGGAUGAAUCCGACUUUCUGAUUGGCUUUGCCACUGUUACAGGUUAUACAUCUUUUAGAAGUCGAACAAGAGGGUCGUUUUACAUAAGGAAACUUACAGAAAAUCUGAUAAAAUAUGCCAAUAGCCAGGAUUUGAUAUCCAUACUGACCAGGGUGAAUCAUGAUGUGUCAACAGAAAACAUCCCAGCUGGAAACAACUAUGAAAUAAGCAAACAAGUUCCUAUGCCACAAUUUACACUCAGAAAACAAUUAUUCUUCAGACUUGAAAAUUUACCCAGAGAUGGGACCGUGCCACGAUCAGCUGAUGGGUUGAGUAUUAUAUCUCAAUCAAUUGAGGCUGUAAGGACUAUCACACAACCCACUGAUGCUACAAGUCAGCCAGGGGAGGUAACUAGUCGGAGUGACGCUACAAGUCAGUCAAGUGAAGUACAAAUAGUAACUAGUCGUAGUGAUAAUAUGAGGACCGUUACACAACCUAGUGAUGCUAAUAUGUGAUACCAUAUAAUCUACUAUGAGUUUAGAAAUGUAUCAUUGCAUUUAUUAUAAAUAUGAUUGUUGAACAUUGGUGAAGAAUAUGUGAAUAGUUAUUGUGAUAGUAAGCAAAGCUCAAUAAAAUUUAAA